AUGGUGCCUGUGUCUUUCUUCCUCUUCCAGGCUGACCAGCUGACCGAGGAGCAGAUCGCAGAGUUCAAGGAGGCCUUCUCCCUCUUCGACAAGGAUGGAGACGGCACGAUCACCACCAAGGAACUGGGGACGGUGAUGAGAUCCUUGGGACAGAACCCCACUGAAGCUGAACUGCAGGACAUGAUCAACGAGGUGGACGCAGAUGGGAACGGGACCAUUGACUUCCCAGAGUUCCUGACCAUGAUGGCCAGGAAGAUGAAGGACACGGACAGCGAGGAGGAGAUCCGAGAGGCUUUCCGCGUCUUUGACAAGGAUGGGAACGGGUACAUCAGUGCUGCCGAGCUCCGCCAUGUCAUGACGAACCUGGGUGAGAAGCUGACCGAUGAGGAAGUGGACGAGAUGAUCAGAGAGGCCGACAUCGAUGGCGAUGGCCAGGUCAAUUAUGAAGAGUUUGUACAGAUGAUGACUGCGAAGUGA